AUGUUUAAAUUUACCUUCCAAGUAGAACCGGAUGAAGAAAUAUCAUCAACUGAAACAAAAGAUGAGGAACCAAAGCCAACAGCCGAACGGAAAGAGAGCAGUUGCGCAGAAAAAGAAAACCCGGUUGUAUAUCCUUGCGAGGAGCUUACCUUCGAUGCUAGCUACGUUUCAAAUAAAAGUGCAAUUAAUCCAGAUGUAACCAGCACCUUUCAACCGGCCCCGAACUGUUCGAUCGAAUAUCUGAACCAACUGGCACUGCUGGAUGAAACGUUUACCGACGAUAUAGUGACGGCGGAAUCGGACCAUUCCGAUCUGAUUCCGAACCGGUACGAGGGUGGAUUGAAAGUAUGGGAAUGUACGUACGAUUUGGGAGAAUUUUUAGCCACAUCAGAGGAGCGGAAGACGGAACUACAAGGGAGGAAGGUGUUGGAUCUUGGAUGUGGUGCCGGUAUUCUUGGUAUCGAGGCGCUACUGCUUGGUUCCAGCUGUGUACACUUUCAGGAUUAUAACAAAGAUGUACUAACAAAGCUGACAAUGGUAAAUUACGACCUGAACUGCCGCACUACGAAUGAUACGGACAAAGAGGACAGAGAAACUCUCCCACCAACCGGGGAGGUUAAAUUCUUUUCCGGUGAUUGGGGAUGUUUUACGGACCAGUACCAACACAAGUACGACCUAAUACUUACCUCCGAGACGAUAUAUUCUACCGAUAACUACAGCAAACUGUUGCAACUUUUCGACCGGAAGUUGGAACCGGAUGGAGUUGUAUAUUUAGCGGCCAAAACGUACUACUUCGGUGUUGGCGGUGGUGUCCGGCUGUUCGAGCAAGCGAUCGAUAAGGAUGGACGGUUUCAGCACAAAGUCGUGUGGAGUUGUGAAACCGGUGUAAAACGUGAGAUUGUUCGUAUCACACGGAAGUAG